AUGCAGAUGCACCCUGUACCACGCCAUGUAGAUGUGUUUGCGUGCGGGAGUACGCUGAGAAAUCUGCUAAAGUUCCUACAGGGCCGCGACAGCCCGUUCCGCAUGCUUGUUGAAGUUGUUGCCGGGACCGUUCAUCUAAUCCGCAGAGAAAACACGCCCAAGGAACGGAUCCCUGGCGUAAGAGGCUACGGCCACACAUUCCCGGAAGCCUUCACUACUUGGGAAGCAGAUGUGAAAAGAUCUCUUUCGCAUCAACGCAUCGUUAGUUAUAGGUUUUGCGGGCUCGACAUGAUGGUGCGAUUUGAGGGUGAUGGAUACAUCAGAUCUGAGAAAACAAGGCUGGAGACAGCAACUGAGUCCGACAUGCUAGAUCAACUGGACAGCCUGUCUGUAGACCGAGAAGGAAAAGAAACGAACACCGACAAUACAGAGAGCAUCCUCCACAUAGGAAAUGUAGGGGUGGAGAUAGAACCAGACGACGUAUUUGACCUGAAGACGCGCUCAGUCAAACGACAAGGCGAGGAUAUCCUUGGAGAAGAACUGCCACGGCUGUGGGUUACUCAGAUCCCGAAAUUCAUUCUGGCGUUCCAUGAGCGAGGACUUUUCACAGAUGUCCGAAUUCAGAGUGUGAAGGAGAGAGUACAAGAUUGGGAAGUACAGAACGAGUCCCUGCUUAGAGGUCUGUUUCAUCUCCUGAGCCACAUUGUUGACAUAGCAGGCGACUAUGAAGAUAGCGAACUUGAGAUUGUCCGUCCAGCAGGAGGUGGACUAGAGAUUCGAGAGCGAGGGUCUGAUGCAGGAAAGGUUCUGUCCGACUCGGUGAGGCGAAGGUGGGCAACGUGGCUGAGAGAAGGUGAGAAUGCAGCGCAGGCUGUGGCGUGCGACCUUGAGGAUGCAAGCGAAGAAGACAGUGACCAAGAAGCAGACUAUACUGCUUGCGAUGCGGAAUGUGCCUAUUGUGGGAAAUGUAACUAUUAA